AUGAGCGCUCCGGAGCCGGCAGUGCUCAACGCACUGAAGGGCUACACGGAGAACAGCGAUAAGUGGCCUGGACCUCGAGCUGUCAAGAUUUACGUUACCUCUGUUUACAAUGAAUUCCGUGAAGAAAGGCGUCAAAUCCUGGAAUUGGUUGGGCCUGAGCUACAGUCAACUUACGAUGAUCGACAUAUUGAGAUCGAUUUCGUGGACAUGCACUACGGCACUGACGGCGGAGAUGAAACCAAUCCGGCGCUAUUACGUCACUAUCUUGAAGAAAUCAAAUGCUGUAACCAAAUAUCGAAAGCUGGCUAUUUCCUGUGUCUCAUUGGUGGUGAACCGUCGUUAUACCAGCCAGUGCUUCCCUUCAAGAUCCCAGAAGCGACAUUUGACGAACUGAUCAAGUCUGAUUCACCACAGUCGGCCCUCGUUCGAGCAUGCUACAGGUUAAACGGCGAUGGCAGUUAUCAUCUUGAGGGAGAUGACAAAUGGUUCAGCAAUUUGCUUGACCGUGAAGAACAACGAAGUCGACUCUUCGAAGUCCAAAAGGCUUUCAACGCUAUAGCGCUUGAGGCCUUGCCAAAAUGCGCUCAAGUUUCUGACCUCCUUCGAAGCCCCGUGGAGAUUCAAUGUGAAUUAGCCUUGGAACUCCUCUCAAGUGGUAAUCAUCCUAAAGGAAUGAUAGCAGUGUUUCGAGACUUGCCAGAAUCUGAACCAGAUGACUCCAAGCUGUCAGUUUUAGCACACACAAGGUUAAAAGAACUGAAACAAAAAAUACAAGAUGCAUUACCAGAAACGCAUGUUAUAAUCUUAGAAUCUUCAUCAGCAGAAUCAUCGAGAACAGACGCAGCGUCUGACAAUGACGAGAGGUUGGCGCCUUUUAGGGAUAAAGUACAAAUUGUAGUCAGUUCACUACUUGACGAGAGCCUUAGCACUGAACCCGAUCAGGGCAAGGGAAGAAAAAAGACUGUACAGGAAGUAUUUCUGGAGCACAUUACUCAUCUUAGGAUAUGUAUAGAACAUAAUCGUUUGUAUAAGGUUAAUGUUAAGCAAAUUGAAGAAACAGCCAAAAGUAUUUUACAUAACGCUAAAGAAAAUUAUGAAAAUCGAACACGACAUCCACCAACACUAAUAUAUGGGCCUGAUGCUUCAGGAAAAACUACCCUGUUGACACAUUUAUAUUUCCAUUGUGAAGAAAUAUUUCCGAAACCUGUUUUGAGGAUAGUAAGAUUUUCCGCUUCUACACCAAGAUCGGCCUAUAACUUGGAGCUUUUAAGAGUUAUGUGUCAGCAAAUUUCCAUAAUUUUGAACAUUCCAGAGGGGUACUUACCAAAAGAUGCAAGUUUUGAUCCCCUCUACAUUAAUAAUUGGUUUCAAAGUUUGUUAAGAAAAUGUGAAGAAAUGGAAAAUGAAAUUCUGUUAAUUUUCAUCGAUAAUGUGCAUAGAGUUAAUCCUUUGGAGUGUGAUAUUGUGACUGGUCUAUCUUGGCUGCCAAUGUCGUUGCCAAGAAAUGUGUUCUUAGUUUGUACGAGUGCCGUAUCCUUGGAGCAACUGCAGUUAACGCCGGCACAAAAAGAAAAAUUUAAGGUUCAGAACUGCUACCAUUUACUGGACGCAAUAGAAGAGACCCCGGAGAAUAAUAGCUACGGAGACUACAUAGAUAGUGCCUUCGAUAACUUAGAAGUUGUAUUCGGAUCUAAAGCGUUUAGUAAAUUAGCAAGUUACAUAACGUGUUCGGAGUUUGGUCUCACAGAGUUGGAGUUAUUGGAACUAUUAAUGCCAAUCAGCAAUAGUGAGGCUGUUAUUACGCUCAAAGACGCUAAUUUCAACUUUUCCACAAUUUGUGUAGCAAAAUGUAUGAUGAACAACUUAAUAUCAGAAAACGUGGUCUCUGGACGUUACACUUGGAGAUGGCGUGCUGCCGCUGCAAGUUCAAGAGCUCGACGACGUUACGUGCGAUCCCAAGCUGCCUUGAGGGACGCCCAUUCAGAUCUUGCAGCAUUACACUUCGCCAACUUCCUCCAAGACGCUGAUGAUACUGACACUUCUGACGCUCAAGAACCUGGUUGUGUAGAUGAUGAUGAUGCCCUCUUGGAUUCGACUCCGUUUCAUUCCGCAAGUAGAACAGCGGCAGCUUUCACACAACGACACGUAGAAGAAUCCUGGUUACAUUUACUACUAGCUGGAGACUUCUCAAAAUUAAAGGAUUUGACUGUCUGCAACUUUGACUUCUUACUUGCUGCGGUACAAACAGUAACGAUAUCGUAUCUACGAUGUAUACUAGAACACGUUCGCUGUUACAUUCUGGAUCGCGAUGUGGAAUUGGUAUACGGAGCUGUAAGGAAAUCUAGCGAUAUCCUUACCAGGGACCCGAUGCAGCUGGGUGCUCAGAUAAUAGCGUGGCUGCGACCGGCAGUGGCACGACGAGGAGUACUUGCUACACUGGUUACGGCCGCCAUGGCGUGGUGUGACGGAUACGACAAACCAUUGCUGGUACCACUAAACGGAUGGCUUCAACCACCGAUAGCCUCAACAGUCCGUGUAGUCUCAGUUGGCGGCUCAACUCCUGGGGCCACCGCAAGACUACUCCAGCUAGCACCUUCCGGACAGCAUUUGGUUCUAGCACCAUCGGCUGGAGACCCUCAGCUCUGGCAUGUCAUGUCUAAUUCCAGAGUACACAUUUUCAAAGGUCACUCGGGAAGAAUCCUGUGCAUGUGCGUGACUCGGGAGUCGCAGUACCUUAUAACAGGCUCCGAGGAUACGAGUGUUAUAGUGUGGGACCUUCACACAUUAGCUGUGAAGACUAAAAUCUUAGAACACAUAGCGCCAGUGCUGUGUGUGGCUGCGAUCGUGAACAGGUCAUUAGUGAUCAGCGGGGGAGAGGAUUCCGCUGUUAUCGUGACAUCACUCGUUGAUGGCGCACUCGUAACAAAACUAGAUCAUCAUAGAGGUUCUGUGACAGGAAUUAAAGUAAUUCAAGAUGGAGAAAUUUUAGUUACCUGCUCCCAAGACGGUACAGUUUGUACUUGGAAUGUAGAUAACUUCACAUUGCUAAGCACUGUGUCAGCUGGUGUGCCAAUACAAGCUAUGGAAGUGACAGACGACAACGUGUUCCUGAUUACACUGCAAGGAGAGAAUGAGUUGCACAUCAGAACUUUCAUUACUGGAACGCAUCUGCAUAUUUUGAAGAGGCAUAAGAACAGGGUUAAAUGUUUCUCCGUGGCACAUGAUUCAUCACGCGCAGCAGUGGCUUGUUCCGAUCAGCGUAUAUACUUAUACAGUUUGCACAGUGCGCAACUACUUCGUACUUUAUCGGUAGCUCAUGACUUAGCAGCGCUGGCGAUCGCUGAUAAGGACCACUUCUUGUUAGCUGCAGGCGGAAACAGAGUAACAAUAUAUUCUUUUCACACGGAGGACAACCUGACGAAUUUCCGACCCACUAAACAGACCAAAAGGCGCCAGACAAAAUCUACAACAAAUGUUUCUCUGCUACAGGCGGAACAGAGUGAACUAAUACCCAUCAGCUGUCUUGAAGUCUCUCGAGACGGGCAACUAGCAGCUAGUGGUUGUGCUCGUGGCCUUGUUAGGGUCUGGCAGCUAUCGACCCAUCGUCUUCAGACGACCCUUAACGGACACAUAGGGCAUGUGACCUGUGUUACAUUUUCACCGAAUAAUUUACUAGUUUUGAGCGGAUCUGAAGACAGAACUGUCGUGGUUUGGCAGUUAGCGGAUAAUUCGCCAUCAUUAACUUAUAAGGGUCACUCUGCAGCCCUGCAAACACUACUUAUGAUGUCAGACGGUCGACGAGCAAUGUCAGGAGAUCGUUCCCGAAAUGUUCACGUAUGGCUCGUUGACUCCGGAAUUGUGCUCCACUCUACAGCUGCACCCACUGCUAGUCUCGACGUCACCCUCAAUAUGAAGUUUGCCGUAUUAUCAGAUGGUGACAACUCAGUUCGUAUCUGGACGUUAGCUGGCGGGGACAGUGGUGAAGAAAAAAGAUCGGUCUCUCACGCGGAACGAAUAACAUGUUUUGCUUUAACUGCUGACUCGCAACAUGUAGUAACUGGUUCAAUGGACAUGUCUUUGAAGGUUUGGAAGUUAGACGGAGGCAAAUUGUCGCAGGUCUUGGUCGGCCAUUCAGACAUAGUCACUUGCGUAGCUGUGUCUAUCACUAAUAAGACGCAAGUGGUAUCAGGAUCUUGGGACUGUAAUCUCAUUGUGUGGGACAUCAACACUGGAUCAGACUUACACCUCUUGUCCGGUCAUCUCGGCAAAGUAUCAUGCGUCAAAGUCACUGGUGAUGGAUCUAUAGCUGUGUCUAGUGCUGAAGAUAAGACCCUUAUUAUCUGGGAAACGAAAAGAGGCCUAGCAUUGACAUCCUUGUCGCUGCAUGUGCCACUACUCGGUUUUCAGAUUACAAGCGAUUGUGCAAGGAUCGUUGUACAUCUUUUGGAUAGGGGUUGCCUUCCAAUGAUCUGUCUGCACAAUACUCCUGCCACGUAUGUCAAGAUUCCAACUUAUGCGGCACCUACCAAGGAUGUCGAUGAACUUCGGCCGUUGGCACCAAAGCGACCGAUGAGAAGAUUGCUAAAGAAAGAAGUAUCUUUAGACACUUAUACUUGGCAGAAGAAAUAUGGGCAUCUUACUUCUGCAGCUAUGAUGGCUCAAGUGGACGAACGGUUAAAGAGGAGGUUCUCGGUAUCAGCUUCAAUGGAAGAAAUUUCGAAAAUACAGGAGGCAAAGAACAAAGAUUUAGGUUCUCAGGUAAGCUUAGGACCAGAAGAAGCGGCUAUAGCGCAAUCACAACACUUCGAUCAGCUCGAAGCUUUGUGGAACAAGAUAUCGCCGCCACGACGACGAUCUAACAAGUCCCUUACAAAACAAAGUUCGUUAAUCGAAAGUCGUUUUGAUUCGUCGGAUGAGGAACACACGCCGGUGGAAGAACAAGAGCACAUGGUCGAGUAA